AUGAGCGUCGAGCAUCAGCACGAAAAGAAUUACGUAGAUUACAUAAACGAGGGUUUCAAGAUCUUCGCCUACGUCACUAGCCACAACACAGGUGUGAGCGCGCGCACGCGCGCAUCGUGGCCGCUCGCGUGCGCGUGUAAAGUCGAAGACCAAAGUAAGCGAGCGGCGACGACGGCAGUCGCGACGCUGACGCGAGGCGGUGUAUCGCGCGGUGCGCGAGUUUGCCUCGCGAUUUUCAUCCACGCGAACGAAGGCAGUAUCGCGCUUCAUUCGAGUACUCCAGGUGAUACCGAAGGUCUAAAUUGUGAAAUAGAAAAUUUGGCACGGAGAUGUGACCAAUUGUUCAACAACGGCGACCUUGGCGGGACGAUGGAUCCUGGUGCAUCGAUGUGUUAAAUUCGCGAAGGAAUCGCGAAGAUAGACGAUCAUGAGACACUUAGGAAGAGAACA